AUGAUCACAGCAGAUUUGAUGGAUAGUUCUAUCAGUGAAGCAUACAGAAAACGUCUAGAGAAGGCGCAAGCUAUGUUUGUGGAAUUUGCAUGUUGGGUGGGUUUGUCCUCAUACCUGGCUUCAGAUGAGCUAGUUGCAGCUUUUCUUGCAUGGUUAGAACUUUUUGGAAAGUUGUCGGAAAUACCAAUUUGUUUGAUAAAGCAAGAGGCCUGGCAGACCCUACAAAAGGAAGUCAGAUUCGGAUAA